AUGCGUAUUAAUGAUAAAAGAAAUGAAGCGCCAUUUUGUUUAAGGGCAGCCCUCAGUGAGGCGUGGCCGAAAGGAGGAUGCGGGAAUAAAUCCGCCAAUAGAAGCGCUAUUGCUCUAGCGCAUGCGCACUACCAAGAUGACGAGCGCCUAGCGCCAUUUCAAGUGAUGCCAGACCUUCCCAAAGAUCCCCCAGAUUUGGGGUCUCUCCAGCUGCGGGCCGCCCUGGAGGAGGCGCUGCUGCGCUGCCCGGCCGAGGCCGAGCCCCCCGAGCUGGGCCCGGUGCUGCGGCUGCCGCUGCUCCCGACGGAGAAACUGAAACUCGUGCAGGGGAAACGGAUCCUCAGCGACAACCUGGAGUGGAACCCUUCAGGUCUCCCCCACGGGCUGGAGCCGCUGCGGACGGCGCUGAACAUUCUGGAAAAAUACGGCCGGAACCUGCUCAGCCCCCGCCCCCCCCGGCACUGGAGGGGGGUCAGGUUUGGCAACCCCGUCUUCAAAUCCACCGUGGGAGCCAUCCAGGGUGGCCGGGAUGUGCUGAAGCUCCUGGGUUACACGGAGGAGUCGGGGGAGGGGCUGAGCUUCCCCCCGCCCCCCCACGGGCCCCGCCCCCAACGCGUGGCCGCCGUCAUUGCCGAUGUGCUGGUGCUGAGGGCGGAGCUGGACCUGCUCUUACUGAACCAGCACCCGAACCCGCAGUUCUUCACCCAAAUCUUACUGGGAGGCGAUGAGUGGUCGCUGGUAUCGGAUGCGGUUCCUGUGCCCGCCCAGCUCCUCCCGGCCG